UACGAUUAGUUGUCGUUUGGCAGCAAGUGGGACCACGUUAAUUUAUCAUGCACAUUUGCCCCAAAACAGCUAAUAUUACAUUGACAGAUUCACUAAUACAUGACAAAAAUUAUGGAAGAACAAAAUUUGGAGGUGGAUCGUCAACGGGAUGACGAAAAAAUGACGUUAAACGAUAAUAACAAUAGAGAUGCUGAAACCCCUGAAGUGGGCGAGUCCAAAAUGCUCAACGAAGAAUGCAAAGAAGCAGACGCCAAAAUUAUUGACAAAGAAAACACGGCGGGAAAUGGUGACAGUCCAACAAGUGAUUCGGACAACAAUGAAGGCCGAAAGAAGCGCAAGCGCCGUCGACGUCAGAAAGGUGGCAAGAACCAUAGGCGCUGGAAACCAUAUGAUAAAAUGAGUUGGACAGAGAAGCAGGCGCUGGAAGAGAAAGAGACUCGUAGAGCAACUCUUAAACGGGAAGAAGCUUUUGCCUCUGGGCACCCUGUUGCUCCGUACAAUACAACUCAGUUUCUGAUGGAUGACCACUGCAAGAACGAGGCUAUUUCACCUGAUCUUCACAGACAUAAUUCAAAUGAUUCAAAGGCCUCAAACUCUUCUGACACUUCCUCGGAUUUCUAUGAAGACGACGAGAAUGAUGGUUUUCAGGAGAAGAACUUCAUGGACACGUUCAAUGAUUUUCGUAUGCAAGAUUUGAUGAAUAAGACGAAAGAGGACCUUGUGCGAGAUUAUGUUCAACUUGAAAUGAAGUUGGAACAGAUAGAGAAUCAACACAAAUCGGAAGACCUUUCAAAGUCCGGUUCUGAAAGUGACUUUGCUGAUGAUUCAAUGGAGAUGAAGCAGGAAGAAGCUGACACUAACAAAAUGGUAGACUUUUCUGAAUACGAAAAGCUGAAAGCCGAAAAUAGCAAACUUAAGAUGCAAAACAAGUCUCUUCUUGACAUACUUGAGAGUUCAUUUCCUAAACAUGUACAAGAAUUAAAUUAAGUACUUGCUGUGUAUUUACUUGUAACAUGUAUAUUAAUUGAUUUUAAUGCAUUGACUUUUAUUUACACUUGCUUUUAUGAAUUUUGGUGAUCUCAAUAUUUUUCUGAAGUUCUAAAAAUGUGAUUUUACCAAAUGUCUGCAUGUCAUGUAAACAAUGUUGAUUUUUUUGUGCUUAUUCUCUCUUUUUUUGUUCAAAUUUUUAAUCAGAUUUUUUUUAAUUAAUCAAAAUGGAUAGGUUCUUUAUUGUAACAUCAAAGUACACGGAGACAAUGUAGACAUUUAUUAACUACUGCAUGGCAGGUUACCAUGGUAUUACAUAAAUUUCAGCGAUUUUUUUUGUCCAAUUGGGAAAAGUACCCGUUUCGGUCCAAUUGGGAAAAAUUGAGUCGUGAAAACCUGAAAAUUGGGGAAAAUCGAGUCGUGAAACCCCCAAAUUGGGAAAUUGGUGUAUUUGAUUUUAUGCUCCCAAAUACUUUAAAAUUGAUUCUAACUGUUUUCAAGCUGUCAAUAAUAUAUUUACCUAGGUUCAAACCAAAAUGUUGCAUUCCCCCCCCCCCCCCCCCCCCCCCCCCAAAAAAAAAAUAAAAAAUUAUUUUUAUUUAUUUUUCCUUAAAGGGAUCUUUUCACGCUUUGGUGAAUUGACAAAAUUGAAAAAAGUUGUUUCAGAUUCGCAAAUUUUCGUUUUAGUUAUGAUAUUUGUGAGGAAACAGUAAUACUGAACAUUUACCAUGGUCUAAUAUAGCCAUUAUAUGCAUCUUUUGAAGAUUUUAAAGCCUAAAAAUUAUAAAGCGUUGCAACGCGAAACGAUUGAAUAAUUUGGAGAGUUCUGUUUUUGUCGUUAAAUUUUGUGAAACUACGAAGAUUGCUUAUAUAGGGUAUAAAAUACGUCAAGUAAGUGUACUCGGCGGAAUAGCUCAGUAGGCUAAAGCGUUUUACUUCAGGACUCUGGCAGGACUCCGGGGGUCACUGGUUCGAAACCUGGUCCGGGCAAUGUUCUUUUCCUUUUUUAAAUUUUAUUCUUGAUUUUUUACUGGAGCUUUUACGAUCCAAUGUUUACAUUUAUCUAUAUAAAGCAUUUAAUGAAUAAGUAAAAAAAUGCCAAAAUCUGUGAAAAGGCACCUUUAAAUUUGGGAAUUUUUUGGCCAGCAAUCGGGAAAUAUGUAGUUUUUUUGUAAUUGGGAAAGUGCCGUUUACCGGUACUUUAUUAAGAAGGAAAAAAAUAGCUGAGUAUGGAAACCAGGCCGGGGUUAUGGUCAAUGACUUCAUUAAAACAUAAAUGUGCAAGUGCCAUUAUUGUCCCCUACCAGUGAAACCGGAGGGGACUUCUGGUUUGCACUCCGUCAGUCUGUCCGUCAUUCUGUCUUGUCAGUCCGUCACACUUUUCUGGAUCCUGCGAUAACUUUAAAAGUUCUUCAUAUUUUUCAUGAAACUUGAAACAUGGAUAGAUGGCAAUAUGGAGAUUAUGCACGUCAUUUCAUUUUGUUCCUCGUCAAAAAUUCUGGUUGCUAUGGCAACAAAAAAAAAAAAUUACUGACAAUGGUGGAGUUUCACCGGUAGGGGACCAUAUUGCUUGACAAUCUCUUGUCAGUAAAUUUUGCAUGCAUGGAUUACUAUGCAAUAUUUUUAUGUUCUGUUGAAGUGAAUUUAUUUGCAUUGUAAUUACAAGAAAAAUCUUGUAAUUGUUGUGAUCUGACAUGUCUAUAUGGAAUUGUUUGUUGUUAAUCAAAUGUUUUUGGAACUAACAAGACAUGUACAAUAUAACAUGAAAAAUGUUCAAGAGACAAUUUAUAUGUAACAGUAAUAUAAUUUUAACAUAUGGAUACCAUUCAAAUGAGAAUGUAUUUACACAUUUUAUUCUAAAUGAAUUUGUUAAAUUUGUAGACCUGUCAGUAGUCUUAGACAUGACGGAUUAAUUAUGUUGACCCUUUCAAUUUUAAAACUGUUUCCAUCCAAAAAUUGUGACAGCAAACAAAACUUUGUUGUAUGUUUUAAUAAUGGUAUCCAUGUUUGCAGGCCAUCUUCAAUCAUAUUAAUGCUUUUAUAUAAAAGUAUAUAUUUGCUUGACUUGUUUAAUGGCAGUUAUUGAAAUGUAUUUGUUCUUUGAUAUUGCUUUUAAUUGGCCGACUUAGUGGAAAAUAUGUGCAACAAAUAAUGUGCCAGUGGUGCUCAAUUGUCCCGUUUUGGACAUUUUAGAAAAAAGAAAAACUCAUAAAAAUAAUAAAACAUAAAAUAUGUAAUGAAAAAUAAGCCUAAGGCUUCAUUUUCAUUGUCAUUAUAUUAAUUUAGGGCAUUUUGAAAAUUCAUCUUUUUAUCAUGUGAAUACUAAUAUUUUUGUACAUAAUUACCGUGUGCGCUUUAUUAUUUUUAGUAUGCAGGAUGUAUUCUUGCCUACAUGUAAAAUAUAUAAAGUGUGUACCAGGUGCACAAGUUAUUUGUUAAGCAUUUUACCACAAUGUCUUUCAUUUUUGUUUUGAAACUUAAGGUGUUACAUGUACAUACUCGUCAUAUCAUGAAUUCCAUGUUUCAAAUGUUUGAAGAAUGCAAGGGCUUGACUGCUUACUCAAAAAGCUACAAUAUCAAAAAAGACAUUGUCAGCAAUUUUUGAUUGCCUACUUGUGUUUCAAGUUAGUAUUUCUUUAAUAAUAAUUUUCAAAUAACCGAUCUUUGAAGUUGUUAUUUUUUCUAACAAGUCCAUUAUUGCAUACAGUGCUAUUUUCAUAUUUUCAGGAUAAACAAUUUUGCUUAUUACCAAAAUAUUGAAAGGAGAGCUUUUCUCAGAGUACUUUCCUUUUCAUUUAAAGACUUGCAGCAAAAAAGGAAUUUUUAAUGCAAUUGUACAGUAGUCGUAAAAGAAGUUAAGAGUAUAGCCUGCCACUAGCAACUGAAAUGAGGCUGUAGUGAAUUUCAAGUUUUGAAGGAUCGAGUAUUGAUUGACCAUAGGUUUAUAAGGUACUGUCUCUGUAUCUCGAUAAAGCUCUGUAUUUGUGUGGAGUCUUAAUGAAUGGUUAACAUUUAUAUAAAUCCACGAUGUUCUUGUCGGCAUGACUUCUUUGAAUCAAUAACUUCCGAUUUGUGAAAGUCUGACUGGAAAGUCCGUUGUAGUAAAUACGUCGCUGACUUAUCAAUGACUUAUCAAAAAUAUUAAACACAGAAUUGAAAUUGUAAAAUGCCUCUCAUUUAUAAAGAUGAGAAAAUCUACCUCGAGUCUGUAGUAAAGACAGGGCAAAACAUCAAUAAAAUAAUAGAAUUAAAAUUGACGUGCACUCAACGUGCACUCGAAGCCCUUGUACUUAACUGAUCUGUAUAUGCUGCAGCUGUUGUUUAAAAAUGGUGUGUAUAACUGUCUUCCUUCUUGCUGUGUAGACUGCGUACUCCUAACCAUCCAGUUUUAGAAGAGUUACAUCUCAAAGCAAUGUGCUUCAUAAAAUUGUAUGCAUGUUCUUAAGUGUGUGCUUUCAUUACUUUACAUUGUUCAUAUGGUUGACAUGUUUCGUUUACUGAAUAAAUAAUACUUACGAAU